ACACUCUGCCAGUGCAAAGAGACCACUAGUUGGCGGUUUCGACAGCCACGUUUGUUCAGGUGGUGGUGAUCCCGCAGGACCCUUUGACCGUCUUCGACAGCCUCUUUUUUUUUAUCCGCCGCCAUGAGGCGUUGGGGAUUUCUAGAUUUCCCCUCACUCUGUGUUCGGCUUUUCUCUGUUUCUACACUAUCUGUGCUGCUGCUGCAACAAAAUACCAUCGUCAAGAGUAUCCGUGUACCAGCAUCCUCUCGUCGUAUCUAUCCUAUACAUGGAACCUUGCUGGUAGAUUAUCACUAGCAGCGUCCCGCCCACAAUGCCUGGAAUGACCAGCGUCCCGCCAAUGAGCCAGGAAGGGCCAACCAUUGUAAACCCAGAGAUUCCACCAACAGUUCCUACUACAGCUCCUACUACAGCUCCUACUACAGUUCCGAUAACCCUGGCGAUUCGACAUUACAUCAGUACAGACAGGAUUCUGGACGAGGCACUGCCUCGCUUCACGCGGAGGGCCUAUCUUCAGAUUGCUGCUCGAAUAGUGUCGCUGUUUGUCGGCAUAACUGGUGUCGUUAUGAGUGUCAUGAUGAUUAUUGUCGACCCUCUCAAUAGUGCCGCUGGUGGCAUUGCAGUCGCUGCUAGCGGAAUGGCCUGCAUUGUCGACGGGUUUGUUACUGAAAAUAAUCUUCAUAUUAGCUCUCCCCGAAUAUCUCUGGUUACAAUCCUCAGUUUGGAUAUAACCAUGUUUGGAGCGGCGCUGACAUGCUGCUGUCUGGUCAUAUUUCGCGCCAACUUCCCGCGUCGCCUGGGAGUCGAUGAAGAAGCAUGGGCGACUGUUGCCGCAACAUCUGUUCUAGGUGUAUCAUCGCUUUUUCAUUUAUUAUUUGCUAUAUGGACGCAGUUCGAUCGCCACCUUGCGAAUCAGAAACGUGACGAAAUCUUUGCGGAGAUGCAGGAGCGCCAACGAACUCGAACAGUAUAAAAGAAACCUGAUCAGUUUUAUUUUACGAAAUUAUGAAGCUAUUUAUUUUUGAUUGGUCUACAGCAGGUCGCACCCAUUCCAUAGUUGCAAACUUGGAAGAGUUACGAUACUGCCGGCUGGAGUUUUUGGAGCCUACUUUGUACAUGGAUGUGUCUUGACGACAGUAACAGUAUACACGAGGAAAUUGUACCAUUAGUUUGAUAUUGAAUUUGGUGCCUUUAAUAAUAUAUUGAUAUCCGGAAGCGUCUUCCUUACAAAAAUAAUCUAGCACAGGCCGAACCUGCUUGUUGCGCAUCCAGCGCAAGCUAACUAAACAUGAAAACUUACAAAUAAGUAUUUACAAUGACAUCUCCUAGGGAUCGUACACAUCAGACAGACGGCUACUGACACGUCUUUCGCGCCCGCUGCGACGUAAACCUUCGUCUUUGCUUCCUUGUCUCGGUCGAAUGAUCCUCUCAACGCUGCUGUUACGCUCAGGGACCUUCUUUAGAAGCUUGCUGGCAGUGCGAGGUGCUUUCUUGACAAGUUUCGUUGUCUUGAUCACCUUAGUAGCCUUUUUCGCAAGGGGCUUGCGUUUUGCCAACGAAGACGCCGUCGCUCUUGUUCGGGAAACAGGCAUAUUUUUACUCUUCUUAAGAGGCAUCCUGACAGACGUUCCCUUCUUUGCGUUGGGUACGACCUUCUUUUUACCCCCACGUACAGAGGUCGCUGUCUUAAUGGGACCGCGCUGUUGGCGGCGUCCACGAGGUGUCUGUUCGUCAACUUCUGAAUCAUCAUCUCUAGUACUAGCGUUCGCAUCUGAAGCUCCGUUAGACCCGUCCAGUUUCGAGAUUAGAUCCAUCGUAGAAUAUAACAAGUUUCUCUCCUCCUUGUCUUUGGGGCCUUGCUUGUCGGUCUUUGGCCAGACGUAUCCAUAUAGCUUGCAAUGGCGCUCACAUCUGGGGCAGAUGGCUGAUGGAGAAAUUGUUGAGCCAACAUAAUCUGAGACGCAUACAGUGCAUUGCACCCAUGCGUUGUUGGGCUUGGAGGUGAGGGCAGUUGUGAGCAAGUAAUCGCCCUGUUUUCGUAGACGUGCUGGUGGUGUUGGAUCCCGAAAUGUACGGCGUUCGUAUUUGCGCGGCGUUGUGUUCUCUGAAUCCGGCUGGCUUUGUUCGACCUCGAUGGACGCUGCAAUCGUUUCAUUUAAAUAACCCACCACAGGACCAGAUCGUACACUUUGUGGUGACGGUAGACCAUGGGUUUCAUCCGACGGGAAAGGAGUAAUAUCUUCCAUACUUAAAACCAUUGUGUCCAGGUCAUUGGGGGUAUGCUCGGGUGAUUGCUCUGGCGUUGUAAUGUCAGUGUCAACCACGUCACUGCUACCCGAAUCAUCUGCUGAAGCCACGGAUCCAUCUCGAGAGACCGAUGACUCUGGUGAAGGUUUCAGUGUACGCUUUAAUCUCUUUGCCGGUGUAACUGGAGGGCUCGCUAUGGCAUCAUAUGAUCGCUUGCCAGUACGCGGUGUCUGAUCGGGCGCUGUUGAUGAUUCUGCUCGAUUCAAUUCGUUCGACAGCCCACUCUUGCCGAUGUUCUUGUUAAUGGGGGUUCGAGUAACGGGAACAACUGAUGGCGUUCUGGACGAGCUUCCUACACUAUAGUCUCUUCGCCGGCGACGCAGACCAUAUGUUUCCGAGUUCUCUUCCUCCUUCACAGGCCAAGUUACGGGUCCGCCUUCAGGUUCCCAACCGUUGCGUAGAAGAUUCUCGCAUGUCUGGCAAAGGCACUCACAAUUGUCAUCGCCGAAAUAAUUUUCACCGUAAACAACUGUGAUUUCCUCGCCCGCCUCAAUAUGACGAGUAGCCACAAUUUCGAUGCCGGAUUGACUGGUGGUCAUGAGGGUCGCAUUGGCAUUGCAAUCAUGGUUGGCGAAACGUGCAGGGCCCAUGAAUAGACUGGUGCUCUUGCUCCUAGAACUAACGACGAUGCUGAAAUCCUUCUUGCGUUUCGAGAUUUCUUUCUCUUCGCGAGGCGAAAUAACGACCUGAAUUCCGGCUAGGUACUUGAUCGUCUCGUUCUUAUUAAUAGGUCGGCGGGCCGUGACACUGGCUUCGUGUGUAGUUAUGGUAUAGCGGUUUGUAGAAGUCACUUCCCAUGGGCAAUCCGGGGAAUAUAUAUUAACGUAGCGUCUUAGAUGGCGUCGGAAAUCUUCCUUUUCCUUGUCUGUUCGGAGGUUGUUGUGGAAACGGCGCAAUCCGUCGACUUGCAGCAGUUUUUCAACAGCUGCUUCGGUGUUCUUCUUGACGAUUACUUCAUCUUGAAUUAUUUUAGCAAUAGCCUCUCCGGGCAAGCCUCGGGAAGCAUGGUAAAGGAGUCGAUUCUUCGGAAUAGUCGUCCAGUAGUAAACCUAAUUACAAGUCAGCCAGGAAACAAGACGGAUAUUGCGUAGUAAAACAGAUCUAAAAACCUACAUGGUCAAUAAUAGCAUCCGUCAAUAUGUCAUCGUACGCGGAUAGCGAUGUGAGUGUCAAUGGCGGUCGCUUCGUCGAAGACUUGGGUCCUGGUUUCCGGGCCGACGGGGCCAACUUUUGCGAUGCUGGGCGCAUAGCGAACCGACGACGCCUUGGUCGGCAGUAUUAAUAUUGAUAAAUAGAAUAAUGGUGUACAAGAUCCAGACAAACAAUGCGUGUAAGAGGCAGCUAUCGUAUCUUAUUGGUGGCUUAGCAGCAAGUCGAUGGUCUCAUGGUACAAUUGGUGAGGUAUCUCGUCGACGCUCACCACGUUUGGUGGCACAAGUAUAGAAUAAGACGUGCGCAAUAGGCGAUUGGCCUCAGAAACAAAUAAAGAAAGCGUAAAAGAAGGACUGUUGGUGAUCCUCCAGGAGACUUGCGCCGCUGCGGAAGCAAAAGACGAGAGUUUGCAAGACGCAGGUGAGUUCGCCGAAGGAAGCCAGC